ACUCGUCGUCUUCCUCUCUUCAUAGUCAGCCCGGAAGUGCUUUCUUGGAAAGAAGCUAUCCAGAUAUUUGUCUGAAUUGUAUCCAAUUUUACUUUAUUUUAUUGGAACAUUUUUAACUAUCUGCUUGUCGUUGAUGCACGCGCGGGAUAUGCGAGUGCCGGUCCGAGGGGGGAGCACCGCGUGAACAGUCCCAGUGCGUCCUCUAUAUGGGCCAUCUCCUCUCCAAGCAUGGCUACUGUGUGAAGGAGAGAUCUCGUAAGCUGCACCACAGGAAGAAGGCGAGGAACUGCUUCCUGCGAGGGCCGUGCAUGCUCUGCUUCGUCGUCCACGGCAACAGCGGGGGCCCCGACGACGACAAGAACGACCAGCAGGAGGCCAGCGGCGCCGGACGUUGCCACAGCAACAGCGAAAGCGGACAUUGCCACGGCAACAGCGGCGGCGUGUCCGGAGUCGGGGUAGGAGCGUCGGCUGCCUCCAAACUAGCCGGCCGCUACGUCGCCCUCGCCUCGCCCCACGACUGCGCGAGGUUCCUGCUGUCGCCGCGGGAACUAGCCAUCUGGGAGGGCCAGGGGCGGAGCCUGUUGUCGGGGGUGCCGGCAAAGCUGGUCCCGCCCCCCGGGCUGUUCCGGAGUGUGGGUGUGUCUGUAGCCGUUCCUCUCGCCCUGUCAGGACCCGGGAGCAGCGUGGAAUACACUGACAUGGUGUGUAAGAGGAAGUGUGCGGAGGUGCAACGCUGCACUCCCUGCAAGCAGCCGCGGUGUGCCUUCCCCUCCCCCGACGCAGGAUUAGACAACGGAGGGACAGCGGCUGGAGGGCACUGCUCCUCCAGCCCUGGAACUGACCACUCCCACCUCUGCCCUCUCCCCUCCUCCUCCUCGUGCGCCGAAGGUUGCCAGGGAGACCCCUCUCACAGCUCCGAUUCGUCUCCCAGCUGUCCGCAUCACCACGACGACGGUUGCCAUGGGAGGGGCUGCGAUGCUGGGGACACGUCCAGCAUCAAUCAUCUUCCGUCCUCCAUACUGCUGAAGGUGUUCUCUCACCUGUCGGUGAAGGAGCGCUGUCUGGGUGCGUCCCUGGUGUGUAAGUACUGGAGAGAGCUGUGUCUGGACUUCCAGUUCUGGAAGCUGGUAGACCUGAGUGGUCUGCAGCAGGUGAACGAUGACCUCCUGGUUCAGAUUGCGUCUCGCAGGCAGAACGUGACGGAGCUGAACAUCUCGGACUGUCGGGGUGUGCAGGACCAUGGUGUGUGUUCUCUGGCGUCCCGCUGCCCCGGCCUGCAGAAGUACACAGCCUACCGCUGCAAACAGCUCAGCGACCUCUCCCUGUGUGCCCUGGCCACACACUGCCCCCUGCUGGUGAAGGUGCACGUGGGCAACCAGGACAAGCUCACAGACAAAGCCCUGAAGAAGCUGGGGGAACACUGUGGCCAGCUGAGGGACGUGCACCUGGGGCAGUGCUACAGCGUGACAGAUGAGGGCAUGGUGGCUCUGGCCCGAGGCUGCCCCAAGCUGCUGCGCAUCUACAUGCAGGAGAACAAGUCGGUAUGGGAGUCUAUGAUCCAUCACUCCGUUCAGAUUCCAGCUGUGGCCCGCAGAGACCCCAGUCAGGAAGACAAGGCUCGUGGUAUCGACCGAGCAACAGAGAGACGAGAGGAGAGACUCUCAGGUGAACACUGA